AUGUUGCUAUUCUGCCCUCAUUGCGCCAACAUUCUAACCGUCUCCCGCACGAACCAAGGCACGAACCGACUCGAAUGCCGAACAUGCCCGUUCGAGCAUAGCAUCACCGACCCUGUCUUCUCCCGUCGCGCGUACGAGCGCAAGGAGCGGGAAGACGUCUUUGGCGGGCCCGGCGCCUGGGAUAACGCUCAGAAGGCCAAGGUUGCAUGUUCCAGCGAGAGCUGCAACGGCGACGAGGCAGCCUUUUACCAGGUGCAGAUCCGAUCUGCCGAUGAACCGAUGACGAGCUUCUUCAAGUGCAUGACCUGCGGCACCAGAUGGCGAGAAAACUAA